GGGCGUAGGUGUAAGGAGUCCAGUGCGUAGGCGACCCUUGGGUGAGACCAAAGAUAAGUAGUCCGCAUCCAAGAAUUGCUGCAGCAGCACCGACGUAGUCAAAGUCCUUCAAAGACAAUGCUUCUACGGGAAGAGCAGGGAUGCACCAGAAAGCCGCGACCAGACAUGCGAGAGACAGAACGCUUGUUGAUCCAAAUAACCAAGGCAAAUGUGAACUUAACGCACCGCCCUGCAUGACUCCAAUGGCAAACCCGAGUGGAAUCUUGGCACCCAUCAGAGAAAACACUCGGUUCUUCCGGAGACCAGGAUUAUAAACUCUUCCGAGCAUGCUCAUAGCCGCGGAGCAAAGGGUCCCAACCGCCAAGCCAGACAUGACUCGAGUAACGUAGAACAGUAUCAUUCUGUCAGGCGUGAUGGAGAAAGCACCAAUGAGACUCCAUAGGGAAAGCCAGAUGAAGGCUGCACAGGUAAGGUAUUUCGGGCUGAUGAGAUCGGCCAGGGAACCCGAAAUGAUGACGGAAACCCCGUUAGCCACGAGAAAUGAA